ACGCUAGUUCACACACACUGAUACAAACGUUUGUCAUCGCCAGUUUUUGUUACGUGAAAAAUUUGUCAAAGGCUGAUUUUAUUUAGUUUAAAGUGCUCAAAUAAUUAUAUUUCCUAGCAAAAGUGCAUUAAACUAAUAGUACAAAUGUAUUAAUAUAAAAAGCUUAAUAACUGCAAUUAUUUUGUAAAUCGCUCGACAAAAAGUGAUACGAAAUAGAUUGGAAUCGGGGAAUCUUGGGAGGAAAACCAAAACGCCCAAGUAUGGAGAGUUUAUUCCAAUCAUAUCCAGAGGAUGCACGCCGCAUUGGCGAAGAGUAUCUAUCAAGUCUCACGGAUUUGAAUUGCAAUAGCAAGCCGCUCAUCAAUAUGCUCACAAUGCUCGCAGAGGAGAACAUCAACUAUGCCCAAGUUAUCGUGCGCGUGGUGGAAUAUCACAUCAGCCAGGUGCCGCCAGAAUUCAAAUUGCCCAUACUAUAUUUAAUUGAUUCAAUAAUUAAGAAUGUGAAAAGCAGUUACGUCCAGCUGUUUGGGCAAUGUAUAGUCAAUAUUUUUCUCCACGCCUUCGAAUCGGUGCAACAUUCGCCGUCUCAGGUCUUGGAAAAGGUCAGAGAACGCAUGUAUCUAUUGCGACAGACCUGGAACGAGGUAUUUCCGGCCUCCAAGAUGUAUGCGCUGGAUGUGAAAGUAAAACGCCUCGAUAACAAUUGGCCCAUCACAGCUAAACCAAGUCAGGCCACAAAAAUACAUGUUAAUCCGGCCAUACACGUGAAUCCCGAUUUUCUUAAGACGGGAAUGGUGUCAAUGCCUGUAAACAACACAUUACAAAGCGACAUGGAGGAGAUUCUUCAGGCCAAAACUCGGGAGCUGUUGGAGCUAAAGAAACGAAAGCUUGAACUGGAAUUGGAGCAAACUAAAUUGCAUUUAAAGGAACAGGAGCGUCAAUUAAGCCAGGCCACUGAUGCCAUUUCAGUUGCACCUAUGACAGUGGCAGCUCCCACAACAUCGUUGCGACCACCUGGCAUGGAGACCAUAUUAGCUCCAACUGGAGCUGCUGUUGCACCAAUGUAUCCCAGCGGAAUGCGUCAAAUGCGACCAAUGGCACCUGCAGUUGCCGGUGGCAUGCCGCCAGUAAUUGGACAACAACCGCCGUUUGCGAAUAAACCAAAGGUUCACCCGGUUAAUCCGGCUAUGCUAAGCUCGGUGCGUCAAAGGGAUCCACGACUGGCGCGCCAGCAGCAGUCGCAACCAUCGUCGCAAAUGGCAGCUCCAAUGCGCACUGCUGAUCCGCGUUUGGAGGGCCACAAAACAUCUUCCUCCUCAUCAUCGUCAACACACAAAUCUAGUCGCUCACGUAGCAAAUCUCCAAUGCGUAACUCGGGCAGCAGUCGCUCCAGCAAGAGCGUCAGCAGCAGCAACCAUCAUCAUACUUCGUCCAGUGGAAACAGCAGUCGCAAGCGUAGCGAGUCGAAGAGUUCCACGGCAUCGACAUCGUCGUCUGGCUCCGAUGGUAGGCAUAAAAGCAGCAACUCCGGAGGAUCACCGGUUAAGCGGUCAUCAAGCUCACGUGAUAAGCCAUCGAAUAAGGAGCAAAAUGAACGCUAUGCCCACAAUGGCGGAUCGCCUGUGCCUUCGAAGCGCAAAAGCAGUUCACCAGCCAGCUCACCAGCAAAAUCAAAGCGUAAUGCCACACACAAAUCUUCAUCAUCCUCUUCAUCGUCAACGUCAAGGCGUGAUGGUGCUAGUAGCAAGCCAAGCAGUUCCAGCAAUCAACGUUCCCGCAGUCGCUCACCCAUUUACAAAGAUGUGGAUAUGCGCAGCGUAACACGAAGCAAGUCACCAGAGGUGGCGUCGGGACAGGGAGCACCAUCAACAGCGACUGCAGCGAAGAUCCAAACUGCCGCAGCAGCAGCUACAACAACGCCAGAUACUGCACUCAACGCAAUCGAUUUAGAGAAACGGCCUCGUCCAUCAGCAACUGUUGCUGCUGCUGCUUCCAGUACGGCGCCGCAUUUAGAGGCACAAAUAAUGGACGUCGAUAUGAGGCCAUUUGCCUCGUUGUCGUUGGCCAAGCCAGCGACGCCGCCGCCUCCGGUAAUAACAAUCGGCAGACCGUCAGCAACAUCUAAUCCAGAAUCGAGCAACAGCAUCACCGGCACAACAAACGCUAGCAGCGACUCCAACGCAUCGAACAGUUCCUCCAAAUUGCCCACAAAAGUGUCGUUCAAAAUACAAAAACCGUUUAAUAAAUUAGAAAAAUCUACAGCGCAUUUAUCAACAGCAUCACUGCUAGCAGCAACCGCCAUCGCACCAUCAUUAACAGCCGACGUCGCCAACGUGAAGCAACCGUCACCUGCACCCUCUUCUUCGUUGCAACAGUCAAUUAACAAAUUGAUGAAUCCUGCUCAGACGCAGGUUGGCGGCGAGAAACGUUCAGCUGGUCAACUGCCCUUAGAUCACGAUGACGUUGAAGAAGAUGAACAUCUCCAACAGCCACAGCAGAAACGCAGCAAAUCAGCCAAAUUGGAUGCACUCUUUGGCAGCGAGGAUGUCGAUUUGCGUCGAGUGUUGCCCGGCAAACCAGUUGCAAUUGGUGCCAGUAGUGUAAUUGUCGUUGAAGAUGACUCUAUGGAUAACUGCGACUCUGAUAAACAGUCUGCAAAAGCUUCCCACAGAAAACCAUCGCUGGAUGAACUUCGCGCCAAACUUGCAACGACUGCACGCAAUAACCAAAAGCUCUCCAAGGGCGAAAAACUGAAAGACCAUCCUGUAACCCAACGUCUCAAACAACUGGCAGAAUUGAAGCCCAACGAUGACUCGCAGGAGGCGCACGAUGAAACAAUGCGCACGAUACUGAGUCAAGCGCAGGAGAUGUUUGAGAAUCAUGGCAUGAAUGAGGAUCAAUACAAAGAUCUAGUCACUAAAGUGGUGGCUAUGAACGAGAGCAGCAAAUUGAAGGACAAUCGCAGACGCGAUCCCGCCGAUGAUGAGGAUUCAGAUCGAAAUGCAGCUCGUGAUGCAGUGUUGCGCAAACGUAUACCAAAGCUAAAGGGCAACGAGAAUCAUGCCUCUAGUUCACCACGUAGCGACGGCGAUCCCCGAGGAUACGAGGAUCAACAUCUUGUAAAUAAUGAAAAGGCUCAGGCGCAAUCCAAGCUAUCGAAGUCAAAGCGGGACGGCAAGCGACGAAAGCCAAGCAAGUGGGGCGACCAGGUGGAUCCAGCAGCUGCACAGCGUGCUGCAUGGCAGUUGGCUCAAAACAAUAACAACAAUAAUAAUAAUAACAAUAAGCGUAUGCCGGUUGCAAAUGUCGCAGCUGGCGGUGCUUUUCGAAGCACGCCUUGGCAGCAUCCUCCGAUGGUUAUAGCACAAGCUGCAGUGCCACCGCCACCACAGCCGCCGACAAUGAUGGGCAUGCCGAAUGUGGCACCGGCUGCUAUGACCAAAGCCAUUAACUCGCUGGAUAAUCCCAUGGCGGACAUGGUGCGUAGCAUAACCAUUGAUGGGGGCAGCAAGGAGAUACGUUUCUAUAAUCAAGUGGCUGUUAUUUUCAUGGAUGGCGAUGAGCCGCACGAGAUUGGAUUCCAGCAUGGUCAACGGGCUAUUUAUAUUGAUCACAAUGAGCCGCUGGCCUUAAGUUUCAAUGAUGAUUACAAACCCUUUCAACUGGAAGGUCAAUUGCAUCGCAUACGCUUUGGCCACCCCUCACGUGAACUCUACAUCGAUGAUCACUGGUACGAAAUCUACUUUGGUGGUCCUCCCGUUUCCCUGCCCAUUGGCAACAAACUUCAUGUGCUGAAGGCAGAAGGACCUCCACCAAAUGUGGACAUUGGACGUGUGCGCCGUGAUCUGGUUGUAGGCAAGAUCAACAUGAUUGUGGAUGCCCACACCAUUGUGCCCCUCUUCCUGGAUGGCCGGCAGCAGACGUUCCUUUUGGGUGCCGAACAGCAUUCACUCCAGUUUGUAGACAGCUUUCUGUACGCUUUGCUCGACGGACAGCUGCAGAAGCUUGAGUACGGCGGAUUGCCCAAAAGCAUGAAGCUCAAUGGUGGACGCAAUUGUUUCAUACGUUUUGGAACUCUGCCCAAGGGAGUACAAGCCGGCAAAGCACAUGUGCAAGAUAUGGUGUACAUCAAGACCGAUGCACCUGCUGAACCACCACAGCCUCCACCAUUACCUGUGCCAGUAACUGCUCCAAUACAGGGAAUUGUGCCCCUAGAACAGCCGACUGCAAGUUCACUAGCUGGAGCCCCCGCGGGAGGAGGAAAUGCAGCAGUGUCGCUCCCGGCAGCUGCAGCAGCGCUCAGCAAUCUCAAUAUCGAUGAACUCUUCCAGAAGCUCGUCUCGUCUGGCAUUAUUGGGGCACCUUCCACAGUCCCGGCUCCAGUUACGAGUAACGUGAGCGUUCCUGGAUUGGAGGUUACAUCCAACUCAAGCAAAGACGCAGCUCCUGCAGUAGCAGUCCCUAUUCCCGCAGCAACACCUAGCGAGCCCAUCAAACGUAUCGAUCUAAACAAACCGGAUACCAUCAAGACGCGCCAAACAGCGGUCAUCGCAACGCUUUAUUUGGGCAUGCAAUGCAGCAGUUGCGGUGUGCGCUUCCCACCUGAACAGACUAUCAAAUACAGCCAGCAUUUAGAUUGGCAUUUCCGACAGAAUCGCCGUGAACGUGACUCCACGCGUAAGGCAACAUCGAAGCGCUGGUUCUAUGAUCUCACUGAUUGGCGACAAUACGAGGAAAUCGAGGACGUGGAAGAGCGCGAAAAGAACUUUUUGGAGGCGCAGGGUCAACAGCUUGGUCCCGAUGCUGCCGACGAGGUGUCGCAGCAACGUUCUAUGGACUCGCCUAUGCCCAGCUGUGCGGCCGGAACGGAUGACGUUGAUCGGUGCUGUGAUAUGUGUCAUGAGAAAUUUGAGCAGUUUUACAACGAGGAGCUGGAAGAGUGGCAUCUGCGCUCAGCUAUUCGUGUGGAGGACAAGAUCUAUCAUCCUCUAUGCUAUGAGGACUACAAGAGCUCCCUAAAUCCACCAGCGCCAGUUGUCAGCGAGCCCUCAGCUAAUGGUGAUGUGGAUAUGCUUAGUGCCAGUGAUGAUAAUGCUAUGGAUACUUUAAUCAAGCUUGAGGAUGAUAUAAAUGAUGCCAAAAAUCCAUCGGAAACCUUGAUGGAUGACGAUGAUGAUGAUGUUAUUGUGCUACCCAAUGAAGAACCGAGUGUAACCGAGAUCGUCGAUGAUGAUGACGAUGAGGAAUACGUUCCGGUCAGUGUGGCACGUACAGAAGCGGAUGUCGAUUCGGAGAAAGAGAAGGAGCCUGCAUCCGCGCUAAACACCGAAGAGGGACAUGAGCAAGGGCUGCAAAAAGAGAAGGAAUACGAUCAGCACCAGAAGGCUGAAAAUGCUAAUGAAUCAGAUGUGGAUGUAGAGAUACAGGAGCCAAACAUUCCCUUUACCGAUCUUGAUACAUACGUUGAGAAGGAACCGCUUCCAUUACUGAAUGUCAAGAUCAAGGAGGAGCCAAAAGACGACGAUGAAGAUGAAGACGAUGACUUCGAAGAUGUGGGCACAGUGGUGACAUUGUUACCGCUUCCUGAAGAUGAGAUAUCUAUUAAUAGCAGUGAAACACAAACGCAAACGAUUGAUUCAUCUGCCUCGCCAGCAACUAUAGAGCGCCCAGCAUCGGUUGCAUCGCUCUCAAUGCCGGCUCAUGAGGAUGAACUUGAACUGGAGCCAGUUGGGCCAGUGCCGGGGACGUCAUCCGAGGCUGAUUUUAAUGGUGAGAAUCCGCAGGAGACACAUAAUCUGAGCGCAGCUGGACCGGCUCCAGCGUUACCUUUGGCUAGCAUAGUUAAUAAAAUAAAAAUAAAUAUAACUAAGAAUACAAGUAGUAAUAGUCAUAAUAGUGCCUCAACAACAACAACGACGACAACAACAACAGCAGCAGCAGCAGCAACGGACUCGCAAGUGUCGGCAAUCAGUGUAAUUGGUGGCUCUGGAAAUACCGAUGGGCAGCACCAGCUGCAGCAGCAACAACAGCAGAAUAAUUCAAUAGAAACCAUUUCCACAAUUCCAGUUCUGUGUGGAGGCAAUAUGUUUGUCCCCAAAAUUGCCACCAGCAGUUCCACAAAUGCACCACCUGCUAACAUUAGUUCAAUAUCGGUGAUUGGCAGCAAUUACGGCAGUAGCAGCAGCAGCAACAACAGCACCAGCGGCAGUAAUAACAAUAGCAACACUAGUGCCGCUUCGCGUUCAAAUACAGCGACGGUAUCUUCAAUGGGAGCUCCGGCAUUGUCAACGACUUCCAGCAGCGGGAAUGCGACAGCGCCUACUGCUCAAAGGUCGACAACUCCGCCGCCAGCUGCUGCAGUUGAAGCUGAUCCUGAGCCGAUCAUAGAACAAAAGCCAGCGUUACGAAACGUCACAUUAAAGAAGACUAAGAAAGUUCAAAAUGGUGUUGAAACAUCGGGCCUCUGCUCCAUUAUGUAAAAAAUCAGGAGGAAGAGGCACUUACAUACAUUACUAUAUAUAUUCCUACUCUCAAUCAGUUUUUAAUUAGCAAUUUACAAAUUAUUUUAGAACGUUACUUAGUUUUAAACAAUUUACAGACGUGUGAUCGAUCGAAGCGCGUUUUUCUUUUCUGUAGGUACCCAUCACAACCUUCAGUAUAAACACCGCCCCGCCUGGGCAGCGCUACGGGCGUAACACUUAACUUAUUUUCUAACGGUAAUGCAAAUAAAACUAAUUUUACACGAAUAAAAAGAAAAAUAAUAAGUAUACAUAAUUUGUGAUAAUUUUAUAACACCUGAGAAUAAAUACAAUUACACAAAUCAAGCUUAUAUUUCAUUAUAUCAUGUAAUGUACAUCUGCUAAUCUGAAACAAUAAAUCAAAA